AUGAACUCGGGGUCCUGGAGACACCCAGCCAAGCCUGCCCUGCCUCGGACGCUGCAGUUCCCUGGCAGGCCAGUGAUGGAGCCCAGAAGUGUAGCUGGAGGUCAGUACUCGGGAGCAGUGGGGUGGCAUCCAAACCCUGCCCAGCUGCUGAGGGCCACACUGACCUCCACACCUCCCCCACCGCCAACCCACAGGCUGGAGCCCCUACCCACCCAUCCUGACUCCCGCUCUAGGGACCCCACCUUGGGCCCCUCGGACUUCAGUUCUAGGCCUUCCAGUCCUCUGUGGGCCUCUCUGGGUCCUGAGUGUCUGGACUUGCUGUGCCAACCUCCAGCAGAUGGGGGAGGCCUGGGGCCCCCCCAGUGUGCCAGUACUCUGGGCAGUGAGCCCCUGCUUGGGGCCACAGCCUCAGCUAGCACCUGGGUUCUGCCAGAGCUGGGGGAGCCGGUGGAGGACCACAGGCAGGAGGAGGAGUGUCCUAUCUGCACAGAGCCCUAUGGGCCCAGUGAGCACCGCCUGACUCUACUGAACUGCGGCCAUGGCCUGUGUUCAGGCUGCCUGCACCAGCUGCUGGGCACAACCUCCAGUGCAGACCUGGGUCGCGUAUGCUGCCCUCUGUGCCGCCAGAAGACACCCAUGCUGGAGUGGGAGAUCUGCCGGCUGCAGGAGGAGCUGCUUCAGGCUGAUGGGCCCCAGCGCCCGCCACCCCCUGUACCCCCCACACCCGCUGGCCGUAGGCCUGGGCCCUGGGGCUCCCUCGAGCACCGCUACCAGCCACGCUUCCUGGUGGGGCCUAUGGGCAGCCGGGGCUGCCUGCCCUUCCUGCCCUGCCCACCCCGUCUGGGCACCUGGCUGUGGGCACUGCGGGAACGUGGGCCCUGCGCCCGCCGCCUGGUGCUGCUGAGCCUGCUGGCGCUUGAGCUGCUGGGGCUGCUGCUCAUCUUCACACCGCUCAUGCUGCUGGGGAUGCUCUUCAUGCUCCUGGACCGCGCCAGCCGCUGAGCCCAGCUAGAUGACCAGGCUCGAAAGCUCAACUUCAGACAGUCCUGGCCUUCCCGAGCCCCAGACACCAGAAGCCUGGCCUGGCCAGAGAGCCCACUCCAUCCUGCAGUCCGGACAUAAUCUGGGCCCAAGGACACUAUGCAAGGACAGCUGCUAGAGGAGGGCAGCAGGAAGGACCUCGAGCCAGGCCCUGCCCUGGCCAUGGCAGACUCUGGGUCACAGCACCCCCUCCUGAGGCCCAUCCAAGGAGGACAACAUGAGAGGCAGGACAUGUGGAAGUGAGUCUGUUGCCAGGGGAAGGACAGGGGCCACAGGAGCUGACCUAAAAUCUAGAUCAGAGCCAGCGUGUCCUUGAAGGUCACUGCGGCCAGGGGAAGGGCCUGUGCAGCACAUGGCUGGCCCAGGGAAGCCAGGGGCUUAGAGGUACUGGCUCCCAACACAGCUUGAAGCUCUCACCUGCAGGAUGCCACAGCCAUGGGUAAAUGGUGAUGUGAUUAAGGUGCGGUGCUGAGCAUGUGCCUAGCACAGAAAUUGGCUCUCAAUAAACAGGAGCUCCUGGCACCAUGG